AUGGUUGUGAUGCGUGUAUAUGGUUGCUACGUAUUAGUUGUUUAUAUGAUUACUAAGCGUGUCCAUAGUUGCUAUGUAUCGUGGGACACGUUUGGCAUCCCAUACCUAUCAGACGCCUUCUACCACCCAGAACUAAAAGCCAAAGAGUUGAGUGUCAACGUCACAGUGGCUCAGUGGAUUAGGGUUGUAGGGUUUAGGGUCCAGGGCUAUCGCACUGCUAUUACUGACUACACCUCUCAUGUGAUACCUAUAAUCUCAACUACGCGCUAUUACAAUAACAUUGCUGGCUACAAUGAAAUCCCGAAGUACGAUCUGCCCAAUACCGAGCACAAGAACACACUGGGCAACAGUUUAGCUCUGCUGAAAGAAAUGAAAGCGCACAAGCUCAUGAGCACCACACAGACUGAUCUGGUUAUGGACUACUGCCCGUACUUGCUUCAUUUGACGGCCCCCAAGGUUCACGGGAGCCGAGUGGGGUUCAUGAGUGCCAACGACAGAGGUUUGGUGGACAAUCUCGUGCAUGUUUUGGUUGACUAUGGUUUAGACUUCCUACCCUUCCGCAAUGAAACAGGCUCCUUUGUGUACGAACUGCAACC